AUGGAGAAGCGCAGAAAGAACAAGCAGUGGAUCCAAGUACUGGAUGUGAUUUGUCCCAGCUUCACUUGCUGCUCUCGGUUGGGUAGGAAAAAUGUGAUCCAGUUACAGAAAGAGGUCCAUCAGUUCUUGCAGUGUGGGAAGAGUUUCACUGACCAUAAAAUGAGAAGACACCAGUACAUUCACAAAGGUGAGAAACCACAUCAUUGCUCACAGUGUGGGAAGAAUUUUUUUCGACAGCGUGAUCUCCAACUACACCAGUGCACUCACACUGGAGAGAAGCCACAUUGCUGUCCGGAGUGUGGGAAGAGUUUCGCCAAUCAGAGAAAUCUCCAAACACACCAGCGCAUUCAUACAGGAGAAAAGCCAUUUCACUGCUCGGAGUGUGGGAAGAGUUUUACGCAUCAGAGUCAUCUCCAAACACACCAGCUCAUUCAUACAGGAGAGAAGCCGUAUCACUGCUCGGAGUGUGGGAAGAGUUUUAGGGAUCAGAGUAAUCUCCAAAGACACCAGCGCAUUCAUACAGGAGAAAAACCACAUCAUUGCUCACAGUGUGGGAAGAAUUUUUUUCGACAGCGUGAUCUCCAACUACACCAGUGCAUUCACACUGGAGAGAAGCCACAUUGCUGUCCGGAGUGUGGGAAGAGUUUCGCCAAUCAGAGAAAUCUCCAAACACACCAGCGCAUUCAUACAGGAGAAAAGCCAUUUCACUGCUCGGAGUGUGGGAAGAGUUUUACGCAUCAGAGUCAUCUCCAAACACACCAGCUCAUUCAUACAGGAGAGAAGCCGUAUCACUGCUCGGAGUGUGGGAAGAGUUUUAAGUGGAAGAGUCAUCUCCAAACACACCAACGCGGAGAGAAGGUUUGCUCGUGA